GUUUUAAGAAAGUUGCGGUUAGGAAUGGUCUCACAGUAAGUGGGCGACGUGUGUAUAAAAUCUACCGUUUACCUAAACUGCAUAAGUGCUGCCACUUUCGCUACUCAAAAAGCCAAAGUUGAUGAGUUGAUGAAUGUAGAUAUAACAAAAGGAGACUUAUGGUAACGUGUUUAGCUUGUCGCUAUUGUCCACCCUAGGUAUAUCCUGUCUCUUAACUGGUGGACGAAGUGGGAGGAAUUUGUGGACUCGGUUUCCAAAAGUGGGAUGGUUGAUGAAACCUCGGAAGAGUAUCCAGGAAAAGUUGAUAACAGUGAUAUUUUAUGUGAUGGAAAAUUAAAAGAAAACUUGCUCUUAGAAAAUGACAUCACGUUAAUACCUAGAAAUGUGUGGAAGCUGUUUGUUGAUUUUUAUGGUUGUACGCACUCAGACAUUUCAGUCUUCGAACGGCGUGCCAUCCAAGCUCCAAAGUCAGCGGAAAUCGAAAUAUAUCCACCUCACUACUCAUUCUACUUAAAUCCUCCAAAUUCAAGUGCCACUUUCCUGUUUGAAGGGACAUAUUGCAAGUUUCAGACAAUAAGAGAACUUAAACUGAUAGUCGCGCAACAUCUUAAAGCAGCACCUGGCGUGAAUGUUCACUUAUCAAUACACAAUGAGCAAAAUGAGUUUGAAGAACUAGAAGAUGAAGAUGCUACCAUAGAAGAAGCUAACCUGGAGCGUGAAAAAGUUAUUUUUGUUCAUCUGGAACCUAGAAAUGGAAUACGCAGUGACGUAUGCGUAAAUAGUUCACGUUUGAAGUCGAAUGAGUCUAUAGGAUCUCAACCUGAAUCUCAGAUGCUGUCGUUACAUGGGUCCGGUCCACCUUUAGUACCAGGAGUUUGUGGUCUCAAUAACUUGGGAAAUACCUGUUUUAUGAAUAGUGCUCUUCAGUGUAUGUCCAAUGUUCCUGCAUUAACCAGUUACUUCCUAAGUGGUAAAUGGAAGUCAGAACUAAAUAUACGUAAUCCACUUGGAUCUCAAGGAAGAAUUGCUACUGCUUACGCAGAUCUCAUUAAGCAGCUGUGGUCGGGGACGCGAGCAUAUGCUGUGCCUCGUGAGUUUAAGAUUGAAAUUGCACGUAUUGCUCGUCAGUUUUCUGGAUAUGCUCAACAUGACACUCAUGAACUACUUGUAUUCUUAUUGGAUGGACUUCAUGAGGACUUGAAUAGAAUACACUCCAAGCCUUAUAUCGAAGUGAAAGAUUCCGAUGGCAGACCGGAUAUUGAAGUUGCAAAUGAAGCCUGGGAGUAUUACAAGUCAAGAAAUGAUUCCAUCAUUGUAGAUCUUUUCCACGGCCAACUGAAAUCCACCGUAAUUUGUCCUACUUGUCAAAGGAAAUCAGUCACUUUUGAUCCAUUCGCUUCAUUAAUUUUGCCUAUACAAGAAGUAUAUAAAUAUUCGGUACGUGUUUAUGUUUGGCCGUGGACAUCCAAUAAAUCCCAACUUCUUCUAUUAGAGUUAACACUUUCCACAAUACCUUGCGGUCAAAAUAUUAUUGAAGCAUUAGAACAAGAGCGUCCACCUCUUCCAGGCUGUCAGUAUUAUAUACCAAACAAAUCUGUAGAUCGGUCAAGAUAUGCCUCCCCGAUCGUUUAUGAACUGACUGAAGGUUUCCCGAUUCCUGUACUCUGGACAAAUGAUAACAUUGCCCAGGGUAUCAACUUCCCUAUCUAUAUUAGUUUGCCGAUAAAUGAUGGUGUUACAGGAAUGACCAUUACCGUCUCGGAAGAUAUACUUAUCAAACACAUUAUUGACCGUUUACAUGCUAUUGGUAUAAAUAGUGAACCGAUCAGUGACACAUCAAAGUUAGAGGACGAAAAUACAGAUAACUCAGUUGUUUCUUGUUCGCUAAGCAACUUUCAUAGUAAUUCCCAUCCAGAUAAAUCUAAUACAACCUCAACCGAUCUCUUUGAUCAAUCGAAACGAACUACUGAAGGUACAAUUGGCAAUUUAGUCUCAUUACUCAAAGGACGUUUAUGUCUGAAGGAUACCAGAGGGCAUGAUUGGUUAGCUCACUCAGAAAAUGCUUUAAUAUCUCUCCCUUGUUCUGACGUUUAUAGUAUCAUUUUAGACUGUCAAAGUUUAGAAAUACGACGUAGACUCAAUGACAUUCGAAGCCAUGUACAACAACAUCCUGUCACACGACUUAAUGAAACUCUGAAACUUUCAGAUUGUUUCGAACGUUUUACUGACAUAGAACAAUUAGGCUCAAGAGAUCUAUGGUACUGUAGUCGUUGCAAAGCGGAGAAACCAGCUACAAAGAAAUUUGACUUGUGGAAACUUCCUGAUGUUCUUGUAGUACAAUUAAAGCGUUUCCGAUCUCAUUUACGAUUUCAUGAUAAAAUCGAUACUUUACUGGAAUUCCCACUAACGUAAGUUAAUUUUAUUGUGAGUUUCUAGUGUUAUUCAAGCUGUGAUUACAUAUACUCGUGGACCUUACUGUGUGUUCUCUUCCUUUAAUAACUAAGGUUUUAUUGUAGUGAAGGAGAACACAGGUGAGAACAACCGAUUUUUAUGUUUAGCACAGAAUUACAGAGAUACUCGAUAUAAUGGAAAAACCAUACUCCAAUGCUCCAUUUGCUAAAUGUUUAUUAAUUGUCUCAAACUUAAUUGUUCUUGUAUUUUUAUACCAAUUGAUUUCUGUUCCUAUUCUUUCCUCCUCGAUCUUCUCAACCUGCUGUCAGACAUUCUAUUCUUAAGUAGGGUUAUAUACUACUUAUGUCGACAUAAGUAGCACACCACAGGAUGUGUAAUUCUCAUGCAAUAGGUAUAGUGGCUACAAGAUUAUGUAUACCUGAAUUUUCGUUAACUUUAUCUCGCGCCUAGUUGAAGAAACCAUAUUUGGAUGUUUCUCUUAUUUAUUUAUUGGGAGUCUAAUCAAACUUAACGUUCUUGAAACAUUUUAAUGUUUUGUCUUACAAACCUGUUAUUUCGUAUAUAGUAUCAAUGCCUAGGUUGAACUUGAUAGCUUCAAAUAAAUUGAGCAUUGUAUAGAAAGUUAAUAGUGAAUAUAUUUUUGUUAUAUCCCAAUGAGUAGAAAAUUUGUAUUUCUGACGCUUUAUGACUUAAUGUAAGCCACUUCUUCAGGGUAAAUAAAUAACCGAGAUUACGGGAUAUAACAAAACAACGUAUUUAUUUUCAACUGUUUUUUUUGUAGUUUUAUUCAUUUUUUUCCAGCUCUAUUUAUUUACAUGUUCGUUCAUGGUUGAAAGUUAGAGGCGACCAAACCAAAACGUGGCAUCAGUGCUUGAAGUCACUAACUUCUGGUCUGAGCCAUAUUGAUAGAUGCAGACCACUUGGUUGGGGUCCGCAUGACUAUCGCAACCAAUGGUUGGAGACUCUGGGUGACAUGGCUCAGAAUCGAUCACAGUGGCGUAGGUGUAUACACUCUCUGUCUUCCCUUAAACUAAGAGAUUAAAAUCGCUUCAUAUCUUUCUUUCUACGAACUAAUUCUUCCUUCCUGUACUAUAUCUUUAUAUGCAAUCUUUUAUAUAUAUAUUACCACCAUUGACUUAACUACUCCUACGAAUCUGGUGUUCAUCUUGCUGCGCUACUGUGGUAUGGCAACUUGGACCGAUGCAUAUAUGUGCCUGGUCCUACUUUGUAACUGGAUGACUGAAAUAUUCAUUCACAUGUUAUUUUUCUUAAAAUAGUAAAUAACAAGGUGAUUUUCUUAUUAAGUUACAUAUGAUAAUACAGUUUAACUGUAAAGUUAAGGCAUAAUUUAAACUAAUUCAUUUGAAUUACAGUAUACUUAUUUUCCAAAUAAUUAUAGAUUAGGAUUAUUCAUAUCUGUUUAUCAUUUGACAAAUAUUAAUUGUUUUAUAUUGUGUUUUCAGGCUAGAAUUUAAUUAGAAUUCUUAUAAUACAUUUUUGUAUUUCUUUGCAUUGUUCUUCAGGGGAUCUCUCUAAUUAUUUACCACUUUCACUCUUCUCAUUCACUAGAAUGUUGAGUAUGAAUAAAAUAGUUGAUUUCAUAUUGUUUAUCUGGUGUUUAUUUCUUGAAGUUUAUUACAGCGUAUUAUUAUUAUUAGUUGUUCACAUGAUUCUGAAAAUUAUCUUGGAUAAAUUUUUCUAACAGUCUUAUUCUUUUUUAAAUGUAUUUUUACUUUGCUAAAAUCUAAUUGAACAAAUACACUAGUGGCUUAAAUUUGACUUCACGCGUACUUGAAAAGAAACCAGACGAGAAAUUUAUCUAUGACUUAGUAGCUGUAAGCAAUCAUAUGGGAUAUUUGGGUGGAGGUCAUUAUACAGCAUUUGCUUUAAACGCUCACACUAAUCGAUGGUACUUUUUCGAUGAUUCUUCAACACGAGAAUGUGAUCCUUCCAAAAUUGUAACUAGUGCAGCAUAUGUGUUAGUUUAUGUACGCCGAAAAGUUGGCUCUACACAAAUAUACAGCAUGAUCAACAGUAAUGAUGAAGAACAAGAAGAUUCUUCGUCUGAAACAGAUGAAAAUGGUCUUUCAAAUGGUGCUUUAUCUUCACAUUAUAUAACUAAAGGUUGUUUGCAAAAUAGUCGCCCUGACAACGCAAACCCAUCUUCCAAUCUUCAGGAUCAAGAUCUGAUGGAUAUUGAAUAAACGUCUUUGUCUUUUCUUUUUGUAGUUUCACUUCCUUUCAACUUAACCACAUCGCUUUGACUUAUGCAGUCACUCAUGUUUUUAUGAGUUUAUGCAUGAUUACAAUGUAUGUUAACUUGUUCAUUCUCGGUGAAUCAAGUGAAGUAAUGACAUUUAGACCUUUUUUCUGGACAAUAUCCCAUCCCCUCAUCUUAUUCUUGUUCUUCAGUUAACACAAUUCUUUAUCUCUCCAGUUACUCACUUCAGUUUUAAUUUUGGUCACAAAAAGAGUUGUUUACUAUGCAGUUUGCUUUUUGUCCCAAUGAAUGUAUAUUCACAUCGCAGUAAAAUAAAUUCAAAUCCUUAUAUUC